CUGAGGCGGGGCGGGCGGGGAAGCCGCUUCCGCUCUUGCGCUGCGCGGUGCCCAGGGCCGCUCGGUCGGCGGCGGCGGCGGCGGCGGCGGGCCUGUGCCGGUGCGCGCCCCCGCGGCCGCCUGCGCGUGUCCGCGCGCUCCCGGCCAUCCCCCCUUCCCCCCGCUCCCGUCGCGGGUCAGGAUGAGCGGCGAGGACGGCAACGAGGAGUUCUACCGGCAGCUGCAGCUCCAGCAGCAGUACGGCGCCGAGCGCGGCGGCGAGGGCGAGGGCGAAGGCGAGGCCGCCCCCGACCCCUUCACCUACGUGGACCCGGCCGACGGCGCGGCCUACGAGUGGGACCGCGAGAAGAAGGCCUGGUUCCCCAAGAUAACGGAAGAUUUUCUGGCAACGUAUCAUGCUAACUAUGGCUUCCAUGCAGAUGACACAGACAGUUCAUCUGCUUCUGGCACGGCAACUGAGAGCAAGCUACCAGUAAGUUCUAAGACAUCAGAUACACAACCAUCGGCAAAUGAGAAAGGACCAAAACAAACAGAUCCAAAACAAAAAUCAGAAAAACGGAAGCUUGAGCCGGGAUGGUUUCAUGUCGAAGAGGACAGAAACACAAAUGUUUAUGUGACUGGUUUACCACCAGACAUUACAAAAGAUGAAUUUGUACAAGUCAUGUCGAAAUGUGGUAUCAUUAUGCGAGAUCCUCAGACAGAAGAACACAAAAUCAAACUUUACAAAGAUAAGGAAGGAAAUCUCAAAGGAGACGGCCUGUGUUGCUAUCUAAAGAGAGAAUCAGUUCAACUUGCUUUGAGACUUCUGGAUGAGGCAGAAAUUAGAGGCUAUAAAUUGCAUGUUGAAGUUGCAAAGUUCCAACUGAAGGGGGAGUAUGAUGCAAGCAAAAAGAAGAAGAAAUGUAAAGACUACAAGAAGAAAUUGUCUCAACAGCAGAAACAGCUGGAUUGGAGGCCUGAGAAGAAAGAUGGCGCAGCUCGAAUGCGACAUGAACGCAUCGUUAUUAUCAGGAAUAUGUUUCACCCAAAGGACUUUGAGGAGGAUCCCUUAGUGCUAAAUGAGAUCAGAGAAGAUCUACGGACAGAGUGUGAAAAGUUUGGUCAAGUAAAGAAGGUUCUCAUAUUUGAUCGACAUCCUGAUGGUGUGGCUUCUGUGUCAUUUAAAGAAGCAACAGAAGCUGAUCUGUGCAAACUAACUCUAAAUGGAAGGUGGUUUGGUGGCCGUCAGCUCAGUGCUGAAACGUGGGAUGGUGUAACAGAUUAUCAGGUGGAGGAGACUGCAAGAGAAAGGGAAGAAAGGCUGAAGGUGUGGGGAUCAUUUCUAGAGGAUCCUGAUGCAAAGGAGCAGCAAACUACGUCUGAUUCAGAUUCCGCAACAAGUAGCGUUAAAAUGCCUGAAGGCAGACAACCUUCAAAAGUUAAUGACACCUCUAAGGAGGAUGUAAAUGACGAAGCCCAUGAGAGGGAGAAUAAUGGUGAGGGCAUUAAUGAAGAUGGUGCUCCAUCCACAGACAGCAGCCUCGCAGGCAGUGAUGUUGAAGCAGAUACAUAACAUUUUCAAUGCUUUAUGAAAGCAUGGUUUUUAGGGUGAUGUUUGAGUUUAUCCCUUUCUUCAGGGUGACUGCAGACAAUGUUCAUAUGAUAUGCAUUACUAGAAUGUCAUCAACUGUGUGCUUUGAAGUUUUCAUUAAAAGCAGUAUUUAAUGAGGUUCUUAAAGUUUGUAUUAAUUGGCUGUUCAGGUAAAGUAACUCAAGUUGCCAAGAAUACAGCAGAACUCAUCAGGCUUUUGUUCUAUCUAUGCUUGUCAGUGUUUCAUUAUGUAAGUGUAAAAUCUGUUCCAACACUAAAGUUUAUGUAACUAAAUAGAACUUAAGUAAUGCAAAGCUAUUACAAGAUUUGUGGAUUUUACCAUUAAUUUUCCUGUAGCCCUCAAAACUUGCUAUCUCAUUCUUAAAAUUAUUCUUGUCCUGAGUA